AUGCCUCCCAGGUGUAUGCACGACACCUACUCCCAGAUCGUCCUUCCCUUUGCUUCGUCGCCGGAGUUGUUUGAGCAGUAUACGAACGCGUCUGGCGGGUUGCGCACUGGUAUGCUCAUGGAGCACCUUGACUCGCUUGCUGGGUCAAUUGCAUAUAAGCACAUGCUCGGCCCGAGCGUGGAAACUUUGGGUCGCCUGCAAGAGAGAGGGUUUUACAUUGUCACGGCUUCUGUCGAGAGGCUAGAUAUGCUUGCCUCCCUCUAUCCUGUCAGGGACACUCGUCUUAGUGUCGCCGUCAAAAUGGAGGCGCUUAGUCCAGAUGGAGGAGAGGAGACACUGAUGCUUGGCCGAUUCUCCAUGGUUUGCAGAAACGCUCGCACGCACAAGGCACAUCCAGUCAUCCCACUGAUAAUCAGAACUCCGGAGGAAGAAGCGCUUUAUAAGAUAGGUGAAAGCUCGAAAGAUCGGAGGAAAUACGCUGCCCUUCAAGCGCUGUCACGUGUCCCGCCAAGCUCAGCUGAAGCAGCGGAGUUGCACACGACAUAUCUAAAGUGUGGCCAAGAAGACGAUUCUUUGUUGCGAGGUGACAGGGUGUGGAUGGGGGACACCUUGUUGGAAAAAACAAUGCUAAUGUUCCCCCAAGAACGCAAGUGUUCCUGUGCGCAAUAUAAGUGGCCUCAUCAUUCCUAUUGUCUAGGAUAUCUCAUGCGCCUCGCAUAUGAGCUCGGUUUUGCAAAUGCCUGCUUCUUCAUGCGUUCACACGUCACUUUCCACUCGUUGGAUGGGAUCUCGUUCACGCAACCUGUUCCCAUCGGGUCAAUUCUGCGCCUACGGUCACAAAUCCUUCACACAAGCCUACCGGGGGAAAUUCCAGCUACUGUGCAUGUCCGCGUCGUAGCUAGUGUAGUCAAUGUGCAGACAGGACAUGAUGAGACUACGAAUGAUUUCCGGUUUACAUGGGCCGGGGACGAUGGCAAGUCGACGCCGAGGAUUAUCGUUCCGAAAACAUACCAAGAGGCGAUGUUGUGGCUGGAGGGUAAGAGAGCACUGGAGUUGGGUGCACAGAUCAGGGGAAAGAGGAUUCGGACACUGGAAGGGGAACAACGAUCAUGA